AUGCCCGAAUCACCUGACAUUCCCCCAAUGCUCAAUUCAAAUCACGAUUUAUCCGAACCUAAAACCGUUAAUAAAAGUCCAUUAGAGCCACUCUACGAACGAAGCUGGCUCUUCGACAUAGAAAACUGCGAAGAAUACCGCCCCGGCGGUUUCCACCCCGUCCGCAUCGGCGACAAACUCGGCCCCUCCAGCCAAUUCCAAGUACUCCACAAACUAGGACGCGGCGGCCUCGCAACAGUCUGGCUAUGUCGAGACCAGGAAACAGAGAAAUACGUCGCGUUGAAGAUCAUUCUUGCCGAUGCAUCUCAGGAAACGUCUUCAGAGCUUAGAUUCGUGGACCAGAAAGAGAUAGAUUUUGGAGAGGAAGGCGGAGAGUAUAUCGUUGUUCCGAGGGAACACUUCUGGCACGAUGGACCUAACGGGAGACAUCUUUGCCUGUUGCUUCCCGUUUUAGGGCCGCGAGUUUCUGCUGUAUGGUACAAGUUUGAAGAUCCUGCGAGAGUUUCUCGAGAUAUUGCAUUGCAAAUUACGCGAGGACUACAUUUCCUACAUAAGAACGGAAUUUGUCAUGGUGAUUUCCGCCCUUCCAAUAUCCUUUUGAGACUUAAGGGCUUUGACGAAUUAAGUGAGGAUGAGUUGAUAAAGCAGCUUGGAGAGCCGGAUAAAGAGCCUCUUCUGACGAUGUCCGGAAAGAAUCCAGCACCCUCGGGACCGGAAUAUUUGGUCGAUGCCCUUAGUCUAAAUCAAUUGGAUGCUCGAUUUAUAUCAAGUCAAGUCUCUAUCAUCGACUUUGGGGAGUCCUAUGAUAUGUCCAGCCCACCUGAAGAUCUGGGGAUCAGGGCCGCCUUCCGCGCGCCCGAGCUCUUAUUCGACAAUACCAUUGGCGUUGGUUGUGACUUAUGGGCUCUUGCGUGCACACUUUUCGAAAUUCGAACCGACAGUCCCCUCUUUGAGAACUUCAUGAACGACGACGACGAGGUGAUCAUGCAGAUGGUGCCGCUGCUUGGGAAACUCCCUGAACCUUGGUGGAGCUCUUGGAAAGCACGAGGGCGGUGGUUCGAGGAGAAUGGAGCGCCAUUGAUUCGUCCUAAGACAGGGAGGCCGUAUAUGAUGCUGGAUACUAUUGAGGAGCUCCUCUCUGGCGGCUCACCAUCCUGUGAUGAUUCCAAGGGAAAGAUGAAUAAAGCAGGGGGCUUCGUUGUUGGGAUUGAGGAAAGCAAGAUUUUGGGAGAUCUUCUAAAGGGGAUUUUGCACUAUGAUCCGAAGAAACGACUGAGUGUCGAGGCUGUGUUGGAACAUUCUUGGUUUAAAAGAUAG